GCGUGCAGAAUAAGCUAAAUCGAGUGCCCAGUCACAGACUAAUCAAAAUGAUCAUAGCACUGACUGAAUACUGCGCUCAUUGACUGGAAAUCUUUCUUUUCUUUUCUUAAUUUAUUACUCAAACAUUAUAUUAACCCUAUUAUAACAUUGUACUAUGCUUGUUAAUAACGGCAUAUCUGUUGCUGCUCUCGUGAAAUAAACGGUCCGUUUUUCUGUCUAUGAUCUCAUCUCUGUCUGGAUGAUAGGAAGGGAGGGGAGAGAGGAGCGACAUCAAUUAAUUACACUAAACACUCUUUAGUCAUUUUACGGUUCUCUUGUUGCUGGCUUCGCGAGUGAUCAUCUGAGAUGGCAACCAGCGUAAAGAGGCCGUCCCUAGGUCCGGUCCCUCCCCCCAGGAAGAAGUCCAGCCCCAAGUCAGAGCUCACUGAGGAGCUGAAACAGGAGAUCAGAGAGGCCUUUGAACUGUUCGACACCGACGCCUCCGGACACAUUGAAGUCAAGGAGCUAAAGGUUGCUAUGAGGGCGCUGGGGUUUGAGCCGAAGAAAGAGGAGAUUAAGAGGAUGAUAACGGAGGCGGAUAAGGACGGAACAGGAAAGAUCUCCUUCUCUGAUUUCCUCACUGUCAUGACUCAGAAGAUGGCUGAGAAGGAUUCUAAGGAGGAGAUCCUGAAAGCAUUCCGUCUGUUUGAUGAUGAUGAGACGGGGAAGAUCUCCUUCAGGAACCUGAAGAGGGUCGCUAAGGAACUGGGAGAGAACCUGACUGACGAAGAACUGCAGGAGAUGAUCGAGGAGGCAGACAGGGAUGGAGACAGAGAGGUGAACCAGGGAGAGUUCCUCCGCAUCAUGAAGAAGACCAGCCUGUACUGAGACUAGACCAGCCUGUACCCCUCCAACACCCCACCUCCUCUACUCCUAGUCACCUCCUCCAACAGCCCACCUCCUCUACCCCUAGUCACCUCCUCCAACAGCCCACCUCCUCUACCCCUAGUCACUUCCUCCAACAGCCCACCUCCUCUACCCCUAGUCACCUCCUCCAACAGCCCACCUCCUCUACCCCUAGUCACCUCCUCCAACAGCCCACCUCCUCUACCCCUAGUCACCUCCUCCAACAGCCCAUAGUCCUCUACCCCUAGUCACUUCCUCCAACAGCCCACCUCCUCUACCCCUAGUCACCUCCUCCAACAGCCCACCUCCUCUACCCCUAGUCACCUCCUCCAACAGCCCACCUCCUCUACCCCUAGUCACCUCCUCCCCUACAUCUAUUUGAACUGUAACGUAAGGUGAACGUUGUGACUGUAUUUUUCUUAUUCGUAUUGUUGUAUUUUUGUCUCUUUGAAUUAUCUACAGUAAGAUCUCCUGUAUUGAAUGUUUUGUACAUAUAAACUGCAUGUGGAGAUAUAUAUAUAUAUUGAAGAUAUUAAUUAAUGAAAUAGCUUUAAACAGUU